CCCGCACCUUCGGUACGCAUAAAAGCGCGCGCGCAAACAGGGAAGCUAAGCAGAGGGAAUCGAAUCAGCCAUCAAGAUGAAGUGUUGGACAAUCCUAGCCUUGCUGGUCGCAAUCUGUGCUGUGUUCCUUGGUGUUGGACACACUGAAGAAACUACAGAUGAUCUCAAUGAAGCAGCCUUGGAAGAUGCUUAUAGUGACACUGAAAAUGAUGUGCAAUUGUAAGUCUAUGCUUUGUAUUUUCCUUCUUUUUAUUAGAUAUUUUCAUUCUAAUACAACUCAAGAAAUUAUAGACUAACCCAGUAUAAAUAAAAUUAGUUUAAUUUAGGUUUCCUCGUAUAAUAACACCUGACAAAUAAGGGAUAUGGCUCUUAUACUGGACCUCUAAGGAGAAUAGUUUAGAAAUGAUAGAGUUAUCAAGUAUUAAUAAGAAGUUAGUUUAGUUUUGUUGAAAGAAAAUCUUUUAUGAUUAUUUUAACAAUCCAAGUAUAUUAUUUGCAGGGCAGAUUCAUCUGUGAAUCGAGAAAAUGAUUAUGCUCAUGACGAAAAUAAUGAUGAUGAUGAUGGUGAUGAUGAUGAUGAUGACGAAACGUAAGUCAAAAUAUUUACGAAAAACGUUAUUUAUUACUGUUCUGGAGUGAUCUAAUUUUCGUAUGACAUUCACUUGGUACGAUAUGCCGCUCAGGAUAAUGUCCUCUAUUUUGUCGUAUAAUCGCAAUUUCAAGUGUUAAGUGGUUCCUGAAACGGUUACAUUCGAUGUUGUAACGGUAAACUACAACAUACCAUAACAAUAUUUAUCUGCAAUACUGUAAAUUUAUACUUAUUUUGUAAAUACUUCUUGAAAAUGGUAAAUGCCAAUAACAUAUCUUCUCACAUUUCAGAGAGAACGCCGUUGAUAGUGUAAAGGAGACACCAUCAAAUGACGACGAUAAAGCAGAAAUAUCCAAACGUACACCAUGGGGGCGUCGACGUCGUUACUGGCCUCGUCGACGUCGUGUGUGGCCUCGUCGACGUCGUGUGUGGCCUCGUCGACGUCGUGUGUGGCCUCGUCGACGUCGUACCUUGGGUAAAUAGACUUGGAGACGAAGGUAUGUGCGAAAUAUUGAUGAUUUAACUUUUCGCCUCUCCGCUAAUGUGUGCACGAGCUGAUAGACGAGGAAAUAUGGACAGCUCUAUCGGUUUCAAACUACAGGUCCAGUAAGGGUCAUUGGUCCAGUGUUACAACAGGAGGAAACGCGAAAACACGGAUACAACCUGAGGUGUUUGCCCUCUGCAUGUGUUUGCCUAGAGACUCAAACUAGAAACAAAUAUUUUUCUCAUAUGAAUGCAUACUGCAGGACCUCGAUCGCAGAGGUGAAAGCACAUCUGCAUGCUGACCAGAGCCGUACGCAGAAUCAUUUCACGAGGGGGGCAGUUAUACCUAUAUGCUGAAAUAAGCACCCAAAUGUCAAUGCAUUCAAAGCCAUAUCAGUUAGAUAAAUACUUAUGGCUACCCCAUACAAAACCAUACAUUCUGAUUCUCAAAAUUGUAAGCGCCAAUUGGCUUAAUAAGUAAUAAUAACACUAUAAAAAUCUUAAUAUUUCUCGGGGCGGGGGGGGGUGUUUCCUUUGCUGCCCACCCCUUUUCCCCCACCCCUUUUCCCCCACUGUCACACUGCACCACCAACACCUCAAAACAUUCUUAUUUGAUUCGUUAGAAAAUUAUUUCACAUUAGACAAAUUUACUUUGCAUCUUUAUUACUAUUCAAAUGCGAGCAUGGCCCACAUUCUAUUCCGCAGACACUUUCUAUAUAUAACAUACUCAUAAGGGAUGAAAAAUGAAAGAAAUGCGAUUAAAAAAUGUCGGAAGCGUGCUCACAAUAGAGACGUUCAGUUUUGACUUCCACUACCGCUAUCGCUACGAUUCAGGGACCACUAACCAAUCAGAUGCGUUGGAUAUAUCAGAUUAACCAAUCAGAUGCGUUUGAUAUAUCCGAUUAACCAAUCAGAUGCGUACUAAGCCAGUGAGAGGUAGUGGUCAAUGGACCUAUUCCCUAAUAAACAAAAUUUUGAUCUAGACAAGUCUAGACAAAAAUUUCAUCACAGCUUGAAAGAGCAUCACAAAAUUAGUAAUAUUCCGAAUUUUUGUUGCGAAAUUUUGUAAAAUGCGGAUAAUAUAGCCUUGCGAAGUUUGCCAUUUUUCAGUCAUUUUGUAUUACGCAUGGGAAAUUGAUACCGCUUUCUGAAAAAAGGUAUCAAUUUCCCGUGCGUAAUACAAAAUGACUGAAAAACGGCAAACUUCGCAGGGCUAUAUUAUCCGCAUUUUACAAUAUUUCGCAACGAAACUCCGGAAUAUUACUAAUUUUGUGACGCUCUUUCAAGCUGUGGUAAAAUUUUUGUCUAGACUUGUCUCCAUUCAAGUCAAAUCUGAACUUCUCUAAUUUCCUUGCGAGUACUUUUUAGCUAACAUGAUUUUACGUCAGAAAUUACGUCAAAAAUUGUUUCUUAUUAACCUGGCCUUAAGUUAAUGAUGUGUAUUUUCUUCUAAUUCCACAGAUUAUCCGCGUGAGUUAAACGACGAAAUCGUUAUUACAGCGGAAGAAGCCGACAAAUUAAUGAAACAAGGAUGAAGUGAAAACGAAAGCCCAUGAAAUGAUUUUGAAUUACAUUGCACGAAUAGUCGUAGAUCAUCAAUAACGUAAUCUUUUAACUUUCUUAUCACAUUUAAAAUUAGUGUAACUUUGGCACAAGCGUACGCUUAACCAUAAAUGUUUAUAUGUUUAGCCUUGUAAUGUUGAGUAAGGUUUUAUUUCAUAAAUAAAAUGCACGUUAAACUUUCAAACUAGUUAUCAUAGUUUUGCAGUAUAAACGAUCUCAGUGAUCAGAAUG